ACGAGGCCGGAGGAUUCUCCAGAAGGAUUACCACAGCAGCUAAUCCAACGGAAGCUUCUCCCCCUCCUUUCACCGCUUCUAUCUUCGCUUUUCGCCAACCUAGCUCCCCUUCUCCAAUUUCGUUGCUCGCAUUAUGUUCACCAACAUCACGACAUGUCUCCCUGCAUCUGGAAGCAACGUCCAUAAGGCCAAGCUCCCCGAUAACGCCUUCGUUCUCCCCCCCACCUCUCAGCUUCAGUCGCUCCUCACUAUCAUCCGCGAUGAGACUACCCAAAGGGGUGACUUUGUCUUUACUUCAGAUAGGAUUAUCAGAUUGCUUGUAGAGGAAGGUCUCAACCACCUUCCCGUACUCCCUAAAAAAGUUGUCACUCCUGUUGGCCGCGAAUUUGAAGGUGUUGCUUUCCAGGGGAGAAUUUGCGGAGUAUCUAUCAUGCGAGCUGGAGAGGCCAUGGAAGCAGGUCUUCGUGAUUGCUGUCGUUCCGUACGAAUUGGAAAGAUUCUUAUACAAAGGGAUGAGGAGACAGCUCAACCCAAGCUCUUUUAUGCUAAAUUGCCCGAUGACAUUGCUCAGCGAUAUAUCCUUCUUCUAGACCCUAUGCUUGCUACUGGAGGUUCAUGUAUCAAGGCCAUCGAGGUUCUUCUUGACCAAGGUGUCCAAGAAGAGAAGAUACUCUUUUUGAACUUGAUUGCUUCGCCAGAGGGCAUCAACAAAGUUUGCACUCGCUUCCCCAAGCUUACUAUUAUUACUGCUUGGGUGGACGAGGGCCUUGACAACCAUUCCUACAUUGUCCCUGGUCUUGGUGACUUUGGAGACAGGUACUUCCUGUGAUCCAUUAACCAUAAACAACUCUAUCCACAUUCCAUUUUCUUCAUCCGUUAUUGUUAAUCGACUCCAUCUGUGAG